CACCACGCCUUCUGCGCACUUCGGUGCCACCCCGUGCCGACCCUGCGAUGACGGGGACGCGGCUGUAGAAUGUAGCGCGCAGCGCUGGUUCUGGCGGUAUGUUUUUGGGCCUGUUUUGGGUCGGUGUUGGGGCCACUUUUGGGCUGGGUUUUAAGUCAGGCAGCGCGAACAAGUUGACAUCAGGAGCUUCGCGACGUACGGUUCUGUUUGCAGUUUGGGGACUUUGCAGCGCAAAGUUUGGCAACGGAUGCUGCGUAUAGCCAAGGCCGCAGCGAUAAGGACUUGACUCGAGGGCUCCCACCAUCGUCUAGCCUAAGAUAGCAAGGUGCGGUCUCUGUGUAGAAGCCACGCAUCUCUAAGAGCCGCUGAUGUACCGCAAGGGACAAGUCUCUGCUACAGGCUGCAAGGUGCCCGAGCCAACCAAGGCAAGGGACACGCGCAAGUCUGCAAAGGGUCUGCCAGCCUCCGCAAAUGUUCCAAGUUUAGCCCUGCAGUUGGUGUGCUGCGUCACUGCACAGUUGCCCAGUUGGAGACGGACAAGUAGCUGCAACUUCCGGCAUCGCCAGGGCAUCUUGAUUUGGUGUGACCUGCGGCAGCCUUGCGCCACGGAUCCCAAUCGAAGAUGCACGGGCGGGCCCGUUGACACCCCGGUGCGCGCAGGCCCGUGCGCGCACUCAGCCGUGAGGCUCAGCCAAUUCUCGCUUCGCGCAUUGCUUUGCAAAGGUCAGGCGGGCAGCUGUCGACAAGAAGGCAGCAGCAAGCUGCACACCUUCAUGUUCUUCCGGGGACCCACUGCAUUGUUUGGGCCACGCGUGUAAGCAUAGCCCAUGGCCACGGCUACCGUUGCUUGACCAACUGCUACUUCGCGGGAGCCAAGGUUCAGAGUGCGCGUUGGACUUUGCGGACCUUUGCUUGGGGUACAGGGCCCGGUCUUGAAGGGGGUAGCAUGCUUGGGCAUUUUGUGUUUUUGCUGCUUCAGCAAGUGUUGCGCGUUCAGGGACGUGGUUCAAGACUUUGCAGUCUUCUGCUUUCCGGUGUCAAGUCUGCCUCCUGACGCUUGUCGCAAGCUGCAGGUUGCAACGGCGAUUGUGCGAGGCGAAACGUGCUAAAUCGUACAAGCAGUGAGUGGCCAAACAUGCCUUCUGCCGAAAAUUGACAAACUUCGACCACUUACCGCAUGUGUUCACUUAAGUCAAUUUACAAUUGUUGUUUUCAAGAUCGGACGUCGCUCGGGCUGGGCAAUGCACAUUUCCAGUUGCUGUCCUCAAUCCCUGCAACUCUUCGGGCGCAAAAUAGAGGCAAGUUUCCUGAAUAUCAGUUGCCCAGCGACAAGUUCAAGGCGAUGGCAAUGACAUCCUUGGCGCCCUCUAACUAUGAACUACCCUCGGCGACCACGCUUAGUCAAAUGGCUUCAGCACACGAGAAGGGGGAAAAAGAUACAAAUUGCUACUACCAUAGUUGCUCUCGAAGCCGAACAAGCUGAGAGGAGCUGAACAAGUUUUGCCACUGCUGCUGACGGAAAUGUGUCAGGUUCAAUCCAACGCAAAGUUGGCUGCGCUAGCGGGAACUGCCUCUUGGGCCUGUUCUGGCUGCCGCGCAUGAGCAUCGCCGUGUGGGCAGGCGCUGUUCGGGUAAGCGAUUUGCGCAUAUAUGUUCACACCAUCCGCGAAUUCGGGCGCCAUUGAAAACUGAACCUGCCUUGAGUGCGCCGCCAAAAGCGGGCACUCCAGUUCUCACACACGCAGCCUUGCUCGCUUACGAUGCCCCAGGCUCAAGCCUUGUGCCCGAGCAUGGCUGCAGCUGUUCGGCUCUUGCUGCUCAAGCACAGGCAGUCUCCACAAAAUUGUCGGCCAAGAAUGGCUGGAUGUCCCACCAGCCAAGACGUGGGGUCACGUAUAAAAAGAGGCUAUCAAGUUGCGCCUGACAUGCUGUGUAUGUUUACCCCGUCAAGCUCCCCUGGCUGCUCGCGUUGCCGGCUAACAUGCCUUGCAGGGAUGCGUUUGGCCUGUGAAUUCCUCUGCUUCGUUCGGGCACAGCCAGUGGCAGGCCACGCGCAACACAACGGGGCAUCACCCGCUGCCGUCCUGGUGCACUUAUGCGCGUGCGACACUCUGCGCUUGGCAACCUUUGAAACUCCUGGAGCAGCAAUCGGGCCAACGCCUACCCCGAAUAAGCGGGGCCCAAACAGUUCAUGACAGGUUU